AACCUGGCAACCUUUGCGCGCAGAGAAACGUGGGCUGAGCGCUCGGGGACGCGCUCACACAGCCGGAGUUUCCACAGCGUGGAAAGUGAUCGCGGGUCAGAAACGGGCGAGAGAGAGAAAGAGAGAGAAGGAGAAGGAGAGAGAGAGCGAGAAAGAGGAAGAGAUCGUACAGAAAGAGAGAGCGAAAGAGCCGCGGGUUGAACGGGGGAGACGCACCGCGGAACCACGGAAACCCGGACCGGAAACCUCGGCGUGUCGGAGCGGUGAGCGAUGCGCUGGCACCAUGGCCAAAUGGUUCAAGGAGCACCUGGGAUUCAAGAGCGCCAAAGCCUCGCCGCCGGCGCCUCCAAGACCGGACUACCGGCACUGCCACGCGGCCGCCGCUGCCUACCAACACGCGGGCGCUGGCACAGUAGGCGUGAGCUACCCGAGCCCCGCGCAGCCGGAUAUCCUCGCCGCCUACAAACUCCAAAAGGACCUGGACUUCGAGGACCCAUACGCGGCCGGCGCCAGCACUCCGUUCUCGGGCGCACCGCUCUCGGAGGUGAAGUACGUGUCCCCGAAACACCGGCUCAUCAAAGUGGAGACGCUGGAGAGGAGCAACGCGAGCCCGGGUCCUGGCGGUGGAGGAGGUGGCGGAGGUGCCGGUAGUGGUGGUGGUGGUACCGGUGCCGGUGGAACUGGCGGCAGCAGCGCGAACCAGGCGGCUGCAGGGAGCGCAAGAUCUCCCACAUCUCCAGCCGCCGAGCAUGAGACUAAACAGGACAAGGUCAUCAUCUUGGAGGACUACGCAGACCCUUUUGAUGCUGCCGAUCAAGCAGGUGGCACUCAGGGCAGCGUGGAGAAACCGGUGGAGAACGAUGGCUACAUGGAGCCCUACGAGGCUCAGAAGAUGAUGGCUGAGAUCCGAGGCAGUCGUGGUGUUAAAGACGGCCCGAUUCGCCAGCUUCCCCUUUACGACACGCCGUACGAGCCUGCGGAAAACGGCGGGGAUUCUGACCCCCUGUGUUCACGCGAAAGCAGACUGCCUCAGGAUGACGAGAGGCCAGCCGAGGAGUACGAUCAGCCCUGGGAGUGGAAGAAGGAACGCAUCUCGAAAGCCUUCGCAGUAGAGAUUAAAGUGAUAAAGGACCUCCCGUGGCCUCCUCCUGUUGGCCAGCUCAGCACUACGUCCCCCCUGGUGGAGGUGGUUGAGGCUCCUCCUGCUCCCCAGCAGGCGUCCCAGCUCUCCCCUGGACAGAGCGCCUCAGGCUGUGAGCAGCACCACCAGGUCCAGUUCGAGGGGGUGGAGAAAGGCAGGAUGUCUCCGACAAAAGAUGGGAAAUCGAGGCCACCCCAGCGCCACUCCAGCGGCUGCCUGGUCAACGUGAAGAUGAGUUCGGUGGAGCAGUGUAUGCCGACACUGGGCGAGCGAAUCGACCCCAACAUGCCACUGGAGAGCCAGUUCUGGUAUCACGGCGCAAUCAGUCGCACCGAUGCUGAGUCAUUGCUGAGGUUGUGUAAAGAGGCCAGUUACCUAGUGAGAAACAGCGAGACCAGCAAGAACGACUUCUCCCUCUCUCUGAAGAGCAGCCAGGGUUUCAUGCAUAUGAAGCUAUCACGAACCAAAGACAACAAGUACAUCCUGGGCCAGAACAGCUGUCUGUUCGACAGCGUGCCGGAGAUCAUCCACUUCUACUCCAGCCGCAAGCUACCAAUCAAAGGCGCUGAGCACAUGUCCCUUCUGUACCCCGUGGCCAUCCGGACUCUUUAGCCUCCAGUCGAUUUCUAAACAAUUGUCGUGUAGAUGCCUGUUACAGAUGGAUUGAACGUCCAUCAUUUGCAUUUACAACAGCAAUUUGUAAUGUUCGAUGACUGAUAUGGUGUCUGUUAUGCCUUUGUGAGUGGCUGCUUUUACACAGUGCUACUGGAACAAUCUCUGGAAGACUAGAAGACUUCGAAAAAAAAAAGAAAAAGCUUCUUCUUCUCACUGAUGGUGUCAAAUCUCGUCUUUUUUAAUUUACGUCGAGUCAUACCUUGAGCUCAGUGGAUUACAGAGACCGCACCGACCACACAAAGCAGACUAAUCUGUAAAUAAUAUGUUUUCCAGCAGCUCUAAUGUUCACCCUCGUACCUUUCUGCUGACAUUUCCUGUUCAUUUGGACGUAAACCCCCCUGAGCUUUUUGGCCUUCACCCACAUGAUUGUUUGCUUUCAUGCAUACUGUAAUAAAAUCUGACGCAAACCAUUUGUGGACAUUUUCGAACUGUAGGAUGACGUGUAAACUGCUGUUUUGUUAACACUAGUAAACUGUUUCAGAUACCACAA